CAGCUCCUCCUCUAUGAGUCAACCUGCUCUCCUUCCUUAUGACCCUUCAGCUUUUUGACUGCUGCUGCCAUUUUUCUCUGCUGGUUGUUUCCUUCACACAUCAGAAGCAAAAUGGCAUCUGGAGUGCAAGUCACUGACGAAGUUAAGGACAUCAUCAACAACAUGAAGGUAGUGAAAACUGAUGCUGAUCUGAAUGAACGCAUAAGAUUGGUGAUAUUCAGAAUCGACGACAGCGAGGGCGCCAUCGUCGUGGAUAAAGUCUACCGUCAAAAAGAUCUGGCGGACGUGCCCGACGUCUUCAAGUUCUUCGUGGGUCUUCUGGAUUCUAAAACAUGUCGCUACUUGAUGUAUGACUGCCACUUUGAAACAAAGGAAUCGAGUAAAAAAGAAGAACUGGUCGCUGUGAUGUGGGCUCCUGAUACAGCACCAAUCAAAGAAAAAAUGAAAUACGCUAGCUCCAAAGAUUCCCUGAAGAAGAACCAAACAGGAGUCAAACACAUGCUGGAGAUGAAUGACCUUUCAGACUAUGGGACCAGGGAAAGUUUUGCAGAAAGAAUGGCAAAAGGUGUAAUCAAGCUUGAGGGCCACAGUGUAAAUGCAUGAAUAAAGAUUACUUUAUUCUUUUGUUUCAAAACAAGGUAAAUUUAAAAACAGAUUUGAAAUGGGGCAAAACUGAGUUGGAGGGGAUCAGAUUGAUGAAGCUUAAAGGGGAGGCUUGAACUCUGAAUGGGAUUUGAUAAUGCUAACAGGGAAACUUUACAUGUCUCUACCAUACGAAAUUACCCAGGCACAGUCUAACUGUGAAAUCAACCUUGUUCAGAUGUUUUUGUUUUUUUUAUUUUUUGAGCAUACAUUUGUUACGGUGGUCUGUUACUUGACUCUUGGUACGUUUAAAUUUCUUAAAUUAAUUAUUUUUUUUGUGUACAUACAAAUCUACUGAAUCCUGACAUAUCCCAGUAUGGACCAUUUGUCUUCCUUCUUGAUUAUUGUCCACAACAAAAACAAAUAUAUGCUGUAAAAUGAUAAUUAAAACCCCUCUUUGGCCCCUAGAAUAUAGGACAAGUUUUACCAAAACAAAAACAAUUACUGAAACUGCUGCACUGUUAAAGUGUUAAAUAAACUCAAUGCAACAUU